UUUCCUGAAUUUGACCUUUGAUUUCAAGCUUCACUUUCUUGCUCCUUUCUUCCGGUAAGAAUCACCGUCCUCAUCUUUAAUUCUUCCAUACAUUCAAUCUCUAUUUUCUAGUUGUGCAAAUCGAGAUGAAUUGAGCCGUGGGAUUCGCUUCUGAAUCCUAGGGUUUCAGUUUUUUUUUCGGAUUCUCGCUUGUAUAGAACUGUUUAGGUUGUAAAGAAAUGCGGGGGGAAAUAUUGUAAUUUUUGUACAGGUAGUUUUAAGAUUUUAGCAUUCUUUUUAGAGUCAAGUUUUCACCGUCAACGAUGUCAUCUGCUGGUCUUGCUGUUGUUCCGGUUCGAAAAGAACCUAUGAUCCCUCCUGAUCACUUGUAUCCUGACUGGGAUCUUUGUGAAAACGAAUCAAUUUGGAUAUUCUUGGCACUUUCUGAAUCCAAGGUUCCGAUGCGAGUUUUGAAAUCGGAUUCUAUUGAAUCCUUGAAGCUACGCAUUCAAUCCUAUAAAGGUUUUGUUGUGAAGAAUCAGAAGUUGGUUUGCGGAGGCCGGGAGUUGGCACGGAGCAAUUCGCUUGUCCGUGACUAUGGAGUGAACGAUGGAAAUGUUCUACACUUGGUUCUUAGGCUUUCUGAUCUUCAGGGCAUUAAUGUUAAGACUACGGCUGGAAAAGAAUUUACCUUUCAUGUUGAACGAGGGCGUGAUGUUGGUUAUGUGAAGAAGCAGAUCGCCAAGAGGGAGAAACAUUUUUCUGAUCUUGAUGAGCAAGAAGUUGUUUGUGAUGGAGAGCGAUUAGAGGAUCAGAGGCUUAUUGAUGAUGUAUGUAAGAACAACAAUGCUGUAUUGCAUUUGUUAGUCCGUAAAUCUGCCAAAGUUAGGGCUAAGCCUGUUGCUAAGAAUUUUGAGUUAUCUGUUGUGGCACCAGAAUUGAAACACAAUCAAGAUUGUGAUGUUGGUGAUGAAGAGAUCUAUCCUACAAGAUAUGAAGCUGAUAAGGAGGUUGAACCAAGGAAGGCUCCCAAUAGUGAUUUUGUAUUGGAGCCUGUUAUUGUUAAUCCCGAAUUUGAACUACCUUCUGUCAUUGUGAAUAUGAUUAACUCCACCCAUGAUGGAUUGUACAGUGGGAAAAUUCCAAUUAGGUCCGUGGAGGGGACUGGAGGAGUCUAUUUCAUGCAAGAUUCAACUGGCCAACAAUUUGUUUCUGUUUUUAAGCCAAUAGAUGAAGAGCCUUUAGCUGUCAAUAAUCCUCGACAAUUACCGGUGUCAUCAGAUGGUGAAGGGUUGAGAAAGGGUACGCGAGUUGGAGAAGGAGCAUUCAGGGAAGUCGCAGCUUAUAUUUUGGAUCACCCUAAGAAAGGACAACACAGGUUAUAUGGAGAUGAGAAGGGUUUUGCUGGGGUCCUUCCUACUGCUCUAAUCAAGUGUUUGCAUGCUGGGUUCAACAACCCAGAUGGUUUAGCAACAGUCAAGAUGGGAUCAUUGCAGAUGUUUGAGAAAAACAAUGGAAGUUGUGAGGAUAUAGGUCCGGGGUCCUUUCCAGUCGAGCAAGUGCAUAAAAUCUCUGUGUUGGAUAUAAGAUUGGCAAAUGCUGAUAGGCAUGCUGGAAAUAUUUUAUUGAGCCAAGAUGAAGACGGGCAGACGGUGCUGAUUCCAAUCGAUCAUGGCUAUUGCUUGCCUGAAAGCUUUGAAGAUUGCACAUUUGAGUGGCUGUAUUGGCCUCAAGCGCGCAAAUCCUACUCUCCUGAGACAAUUGAUUAUAUAAAAUCACUGGAUGCUGAAGAUGAUAUUGCACUUAUGAAAUUCCUUGGAUGGAAUAUGUCGCCAAAAUGUGCACGCACCCUCCGCAUUUCCACCAUGCUGCUCAAAAAGGGUGCAGAGAGGGGACUCACUCCCUUUGCAAUUGGAAGUAUAAUGUGCAGGGAGAAUUUGAAGGAGGAAUCUGUAAUUGAGCAAAUGAUCCAAGAGGCACAGGAUUCCGUACUUCCGGGCACAAGUGAAGCUGCGUUUCUUGAGACACUCUCGCAGAUCAUGGAUUGGCAUCUUGAUGGGUUAUGAAAACACUAUCUCGAAACAAUUUGAUAGAAUUGAUUCAGAGAAUGCUGGUUUAUCAUAGUUAAUAGCUUAGUAGUUGCACAUGACUCCUGGUACUUUGCAUGCUUAUUCUUCUCAUGCGAUUCUCUAUUCUUUAUGGCACUUUACAGAUUGCCACUUAGUUAGAGAUUCACAACAUUUCAAUUGUUUAUCAAGUUGUUUUUGUUGGUCUUUUGAAAUUUGAAUUAAAGACAGGUUUCUUUUCAUU